GGUCAUCCUGAAACGGUAGCAUUGCAUCUGCCAUAUAUUAUUGGAUUUGAUCCGCUGUUUAUCGAGAUACAUGAUGUUGAAACGGUUAGUAAAGUUCAUUUACUGAUACAAUCUCAGAAGUAUGAUAUCACAUCCGUUCAUUGUUUAUUAUCACUUUUCUUAGGGGAAGUUAUUGCAA